UGUACAAUCCGAAGAGAUCAUCAUCUGUUCGAGACUGAGAUCGUCGGGACGAUGCCUUGCUAACGGAAGCGACCGGUGCCAGGAUGCUCGGCCGUGCGCGCGCCGCUUUCUUCAGCCUGGUGAUUGCCACAUCUCUGUUGCAAUGCACACAGCAGCAAGGAAGCAGGCAGAGUAGAGAAGUGGUACUGAAAAUCAGUGACGAGCAGAAGAGUCAAUAUCUAAAUCAAGACUUUUAUUCUAAUGCAUAUAAUUACGGCUAUGAGAUAAAUCCCAAUGGGCAGUUCCACCAUGAAAUACGUGGACCAGACGACAUUACAUAUGGAUGUUAUGGAUACAUAGAUCCAUAUGGAAAAUUAAGAACAACAUUUUACAUAAGCGAUGGCUGGGGAUAUCGAGUUGUUCAACCAGGCAAAUCGGUUGAACUAUUCCUCCACGAACAUGAACAUCAUCAUCAUGAUGACUCGGAGCAACAUAAUCAUGGAGACGACGACCACCAUCACCAUCAUGGUGUAGUUACAGAAUGGAAAGACUUAUACUUCCCAGAAGUAUGUAGACAAUUUGAUGGAACGGGUACCGGACCAAUCUCGGUUCCAGGACCCGGAGCAGGACCAGGAACAGAUGGUUCAAGCAGUGGCGGAACACCUGUACAACCAGGACAACCACAAUAUCCACCGCAACCACCAGAAUAUCCUAUCAGACCUGGAUACCCGGGACAACCUGGAACACCCGGUACACCAGGGAAACCGGGUUACCCUGGACAACCUGGGACACCUGGAAUACCAGGAACGCCACCACAACCAGGAUAUCCUGGAUCACCGGGAACACCAGGAACACCACCACAACCAGGAUAUCCCGGAACACCUGGCACACCUGGAACACCAGGAACACCACCGCAACCAGGAUAUCCUGGCACACCAGGAAUACCAGGGAAACCGGGAUACCCUGGAACGCCAGGAGUACCAGGAACACCACCACAACCAGGAUAUCCCGGAACACCUGGCACACCUGGAACACCAGGAACACCACCGCAACCAGGAUAUCCUGGCACACCAGGAAUACCAGGGAAACCGGGAUACCCUGGCACGCCAGGAGUACCAGGAACACCACCGCAACCAGGAUAUCCUGGCACACCAGGAAUACCAGGGAAACCGGGAUACCCUGGCACGCCAGGAGUACCAGGAACACCACCACAGCCUGGAUAUCCAGGAACACCUGGAACGCCACCACAGCCCGGAUAUCCAGGAACACCAGGAAAGCCGGGACACCCUGGAACACCUGGGACACCAGGAAUACCAGGAACGCCACCACAGCCUGGAUAUCCAGGAAUACCAGGAAAGCCGGGAUACCCUGGAACACCUGGGACACCAGGAGUACCAGGAACGCCACCGCAGCCCGGAUAUCCAGGAACACCUGGAACGCCAGGAGUACCAGGAAAACCACCACAACCUGGAUAUCCAGGAACACCAGGAAUACCAGGGAAGCCGGGAUACCCUGGAACACCUGGGACGCCAGGAGUACCAGGAACGCCACCACAGCCAGGAUAUCCAGGAAAGCCAGGAUACCCUGGAACACCUGGGACACCAGGAGUACCAGGAACGCCACCACAGCCAGGAUAUCCAGGAAAGCCAGGAUACCCUGGAACACCUGGGACACCAGGAGUACCAGGAACGCCACCGCAGCCCGGAUAUCCUGGAACACCUGGAACGCCAGGAGUACCAGGAAAACCACCACAGCCUGGAUAUCCAGGAACACCAGGAAUACCAGGGAAGCCGGGAUACCCAGGAAAACCUGGGACGCCAGGAGUACCAGGAAAACCAUCACAGCCUGGAUAUCCAGGAACACCUGGAACGCCACCACAGCCUGGAUAUCCAGGAACACCUGGAACGCCAUCGCAGCCUGGAUAUCCCGGAACACCAGGAAAGCCGGGAUACCCUGGAACACCUGGGACACCAGGAGUACCAGGAACUCCACCGCAGCCCGGAUAUCCUGGAACACCUGGAACGCCAGGAGUACCCGGAACACCACCGCAGCCAGGGUAUCCAGGAACACCAGGAAUACCAGGGAAGCCGGGAUACCCUGGAACACCUGGGACGCCAGGAAUACCAGGAACGCCACCACAGCCUGGAUAUCCAGAAAUACCAGGGAAACCGGGGGAACCGGGACAUCCGGGACAACCUGAACCGCCACCAUAUCCCGGAUACCCUGGAACACCAGGAAUACCAGGGAAACCAGGACAUCCGGGACAGCCUGAACCGCCACCACAUCCUGGAUAUCCUGGAACACCUAGCACACCCGGAACACCUGUAAUCCCCGGCAAACCGGGGACACCUGGAGUGCCAGGAAAACCACCACAAUCUGGUCAGCCAGGAAGCCCUGGAAGUCCAGGAACACCCGGAACACCAGGAAUACCUGAAAAACCAUUACAGCCUGGACAUCCUGGAACACCUGGAACGCCAUCGCAGCCUGGAUAUCCUGGAACUCCGGGAACACCAGGGAAACCUGGACAUCCUGGCACGCCCGGUACUCCACCACAACCUGGAUACCCCGGAACUCCCGGGACGCCUGGAACUCCUGGACACCCAGGAAUACCACCGCAACCUGGGCAUCCAGGAACACCCGGAACUCCAGGCACACCAGGUACACCACCUCAGCCUGGCUAUCCUGGUAGACCCGGGACUCCGGGAACGCCUGGUAAGCCAGGAACACCAGGAACGCCACCUAAGCCCGGUUAUCCCGGAUCACCCGGUACACCAGGUACCCCGCCUCAUCCUGGAUAUCCCGGUACGCCAGGACAUCCUGGAAUACCACCACAACCUGGAUAUCCUGGAACACCCGGGCAUCCUGGAUAUCCUGAAACGCCACCACAACCCGGAUACCCCGGAACACCUGGUACACCUGGAACACCCGGGCAUCCUGGAUAUCCUGGAACGCCACCACAGCCCGGAUACCCCGGAAUACCUGGAAAACCAUCACAGCCUGGAUAUCCUGGAACACCUGGAACGCCACCGCAGCCUGGAUAUCCCGGAACACCUGGAACACCAGGGAAACCUGGGCAUCCUGGCACGCCCGGUACUCCACCACAACCUGGAUACCCCGGAACUCCCGGGACGCCUGGAACUCCUGGACACCCAGGAAUACCACCGCAACCUGGGCAUCCAGGAACACCCGGAACUCCAGGCACACCAGGUACACCACCUCAGCCUGGCUAUCCUGGUAGACCCGGGACUCCGGGAACGCCUGGUAAGCCGGGAACAGAAGGAACGCCACCUAAGCCCGGUUAUCCCGGAUCACCCGGUACACCAGGUACUCCGCCUCAUCCUGGAUAUCCCGGUACACCAGGUACUCCGCCUCAUCCUGGAUAUCCCGGUACGCCAGGACAUCCUGGAACACCACCACAACCUGGAUACCCCGGAACACCUGGUACACCUGGAACACCCGGGCAUCCUGGAUAUCCUGGAACGCCACCACAGCCCGGAUACCCCGGAAUACCAGGAAUACCUGGAAAACCAUCACAGCCUGAAUAUCCUGGAACACCUGGAACGCCACCGCAGCCUGGAUAUCCAGGAACGCCAGGAAUACCAGGGAAACCUGGACAUCCUGGCACGCCCGGUACUCCGCCACUACCUGGAUACCCCGGAACUCCUGGACACCCAGGAACACCACCGCAACCUGGGUAUCCAGGAACACCCGGAACACCCGGAACUCCCGGAACUCCAGGCACACCAGGAACGCCACCUCAGCCCGGUUAUCCCGGAUCACCCGGUACACCAGGUACCCCGCCACAACCUGGAUAUCCCGGUACGCCAGGACAUCCUGGAACGCCACCACAACCCGGAUACCCCGGAACACCUGGUACACCUGGAACACCCGGGCAUCCUGGAUAUCCUGGAACGUCACCACAGCCCGGAUACCCCGGAACACCAGGAAUACCUGGAAAACCAUCAAAGCCUGGAUAUCCGGGAACACCUGGAACGCCACCGCAGCCUGGAUAUCCAGGAAUACCAGGGAAACCUGGACAUCCUGGCACGCCCGGUACUCCGCCACAACCUGGAUACCCCGGAACUCCCGGGACGCCUGGAACUCCUGGACACCCAGGAACACCACCGCAAUCUGGGUAUCCAGGAACACCCGGAACUCCCGGAACUCCAGGCACACCAGGAACGCCACCUCAGCCCGGUUAUCCCGGAUCACCCGGGACUCCAGGUACCCCGCCACAACCUGGAUAUCCCGGUACGCCAGGACAUCCUGGAACACCCGGGCAUCCUGGAUAUCCUGGAACGCCACCACAACCCGGAUACCCCGGAACACCUGGUUCACCUGGAACACCCGGGCAUCCUGGAUAUCCUGGAACGCCACCACAGCCCGGAUACCCUGGAACACCUGGUACACCAGGAACACCCGGGCAUCCUGGAUAUCCUGGCAAACCAGGACAACCUGGAACUCCUGGAGCACCCGGGACGCCAGCACAACCUGAGUACCCUGGAACACCUGGGCAUCCCGGAUAUCCUGGUACUCCAGGACAACCCGGACAUCCUGGUACUCCAGGACAACCCGGAUAUCCUGGAACGCCGCCACAAACAGGCUAUCCUGGGAUACCGGGAACUCCGUCACAACCUGGAUACCCUGGCUCACCUGGAACACCAGGAAAGCCUGGUAAGCCGGGUAAACCGGACAAGCCCAGUACUCUUCCAGUUACCCCACUGCCUGGAACGCCUGAACCAAGUCCGCCAUAUCCACCACACCCAGGAUAUCCUGGGACCGAUGGUACACCAGGAUAUCCUGGCAGCCCUGGAACAUCAGGUACACCUGGCACAUCCGUUAAACCUGGCAAACCCAGUCGACCUGGUAAACCUGGUAAACCUGGACAUCCGUCACAUCCUGGCUAUCCUGGAAGUCCUGGUACGCCAGGUUCCCCUGGAUAUCCUGGAUCUCAAGUACCAAUACCACCUGGCUAUCCUGGAAGUCCCGGUACACCUGGUUCACCUGGAUAUCCUGGAAGCCCCGGUACUCCUGGUACACCAGGAUAUCCUGGAACUCAAGUGCCACCACAACCUGGGCACCCUGGAAUUCCAGGUAGACCGGGUUAUCCUGGAAGCCCUGGACACCCUGGAUAUCCUGGAAGCCCUGGUACGCCAGGUACAGCGGGAUACCCUGGCACACCAAGCAUACCUGGUACCGCAGGAACUCCAGGCACACCGGGAUACCCUGGCACACCAAACAUCCCUGGAACCCCAGGAACUCCUGGCAGUCCUGGAUACCCUGGCACUCCAAGCAUCCCUGGAACCCCAGGAACUCCUGGCACACCUGGAUACCCUGGCACUCCAAGCAUCCCUGGAACCCCAGGAACUCCUGGUACACCUGGAUACCCUGGCACUCCAAGCAUCCCUGGAACCCCAGGAACUCCUGGCACACCUGGAUACCCUGGCACUCCAAGCAUCCCUGGUACUCCAGGUACUCCUGAAAUACCUGGCAAACCAGGUAAACCUGGCAAGCCUGGUAAGCCUGGUAAGCCUGGCAAGCCUGGUACUCCUGGCACACCACCGAUUCCACCUCAACCUGGAUACCCCGGCACACCGGGUAGUCCAGGUAUUCCUGGUACUCCUGGAACACCAGGAACUCCACCGAUUCCACCACAACCAGGAUAUCCUGGUACACCAUCGUACCCAGGAACUCCUGGUAAACCGGGUAAACCAGGAAAACCGGGAAAACCUGGGCACCCUGGACACCCUGGACACCCUGGACACCCUGGACACCCAAAACCAGGUCCCGAAGGUCCUGGAGGUCCUGAAGGUCCCGAAGGUCCAGUAGGUGGAGUUGGAGGUGUAGGAGGUGUAGGAGGUGAAGGACCAGCUGGUCCAGAUGGUCCAUGGCCAACAGGUUCUCCCGGUCCCGAUGGACCAUGGCCUGGUGACCCAGACUACGUACCCGGAGUGCAACCAACGUCCGGUCACCGAAAUGACGGAGUGUUCAAAGUUCAAUAUCCCAUCAAAUACUACGAACCUACCACACAAACUCCCUAUCAACAACCCCAUUACGGAGACUUCGGACAGAAGCAAGUAGAACGACUAACCUCUAGCUCUAAGUUCCAAUCAGAGUAUACCAAAAACGAGACGUACGACGGGAAUUACGAGAAAAAAGUUCAGUCUACAGCCUUUGGUUAUCCAGUAAAAAUAAGCGGCCCCUUAAGAGACUCGCAAUUCAAAGAUCAGUCUGUGAGACUCGGUUACCAUCCAGGUCAGGUGAAUCAAAACGCGGACGAAAUCAAUUCUCUGCUGCAAGCUCAACGAAAAGAGUCGCGAAAAUACUCCGAGCAGGAGGAUCGAAGCAGCUACGAAAGAGUCCAGAAAAUCAUGUCUCAAAACUCCCAAGACGCCUACAACGGUGUCAGACCUCCCAGUGGUCCGAAGUACUUCGUCCAAGACAGAUACCCGCAGAGUUCACGCGAGAAUCGGAAAUAUCCCCAACAGAUUACGAAAGUGAGCGAACCGGUUAUUCAGAUCGAGACGAACCGCGAGGAUCAAGCCAAUGUAAGAUAUCAGCCGCCAAGUGGAAGUAAUGCCGCUCUCGUGAAACAGGUAAACCAAUUGUCUGAGACAGCUUACAACCCGAACUCCGAGUUCACCGCUAUUGGGGUACAACCUCCGAGUUCGAUCGGCAACAAGCCCUAUCAGCAAUCCAUAGGGUUAGACCCAAACACCUGUCCCUGUUACCUCGUCGAGCCUGGCAAUGAUACAGCCACGACGACGAGCACGACAUCCAUUCCCCUCAUUGGUCAGCUUGGCUUCAUUCCCGUGGUAUUCGUACCAUACUGUCCAGGUGACGACGAAACGGACAGCCAAAACAUGAAAGACAUGUUCCCCACUGCAAUGCCUGUACCAUAUGCAUGCGACGCGUGCGACUCUCGUACCGGGAAAAUCGAAACGAAGCUUCUCAGCCUGAAUCAGCUUGGCAACGUAGAGAACCUAAGGGAGGCGUUACGCCAGGCGAAACUUGGCUUUUUGAAUGUUUCAGCACGUGGUCGAACACAGAGAAGGCGAGCAAAGAGCCGGAACGCCAAGUGAAGAGUGCGAUUGUAACGUGCGGGUAUCAAGUCGCCACUCGGUCACGAAGAAUGCCUCGCGUUCGAGCCACGGGAACGGUCCGUAAAUCGACGAGCAUUCUUGCCCGUCCAUCAGCUGCUGGACAGCUGACGGAUGGCCAAAC